CGUUUAUAUGCCUUGUGUGUGGUACAACUAAAGCUAUUCGUUUUCUCAUGGAUGUUUUCAUUGUGAAACGUAAAUAAAUAAAACACAACCUGAUCUACGGUGAGAUCCUAAAAACACAUACAGAGUAACAUUAUGAUUCAAUUCGUGUUAAUUAUUUGGUUAAAACUUAAAGCCUUAAAAGUACCAAAAGUUAGCUCCUUCUUCCAAACCCUAACCAGCCGCCAUCUUUGAAUUACCUAGCGGCUCGCCGGUAAUCUAUCCCCUCAUCCCUCUGAUUGCCAACGACUCUGCUCUCCUAGGAUGAAUUUGUAUCAAGUGUCAAAGAUCCACAAAGCUGCAUCGCCGCCCGCAAAUUCAGAAAAGGAAAUUCAUCGAUUCAGGUUAGGUUUGUGAGUUCCCUCACCAUCCGUUUCUAAGAAGAUGAAGUUGGGAAUCAGGGAUCUUGCACACGCACUUAAGAUUGACCCUCAAAACCGAGAAUUUCAGCUGAAUCUUAAGGAGGUGACUUCUUUAUUGGGUUGGUCUCCAGAUUUUGUGGAAGAUGCACUUGAAGUAGUUCAAGAGGAGGAGUUGUUUAAGGGAAGUGUCCAAAAUGAGAAGGAGGAAAACAAAAGGAAGGAAAGAAGGGGACAAAGGAAGGAGGGCAUACUCACAUGUGUUCCGGUGUUAAGAAUGACACCAAGAUGGAAAAGAACGUUGUAGGAAAAUUAUUGAAUGUAGAGGGUGAAGUCAACCCUACUAACCAAGAUCACAGGCCCAACAUUAUUGACAACAAUUCAGCUCUGAAAUCUACUUUAGAAACAAAAUACCCAAAUCUUGCAGGGUUCAGGUUUCGAUUUUCAAAUCGAAAACGAAUGGAUUCUUAUUUGCAUCUCAGUCCAUCAAUGUAUAGAGAGAUUUCCAAGGAAAGAACAUUAUUUUUCUAAUUUUCUUUUCAAAAGAAGAUGAUUAACAUUCGAGUCCUCGAUCCAUCAAGGAAGAUGGAUUGUAAUGAAACUCAUGAAGGUAAUACAACAAUGAAGAUUAGUCACCCUCUUGUUGAAGGGCAUGAUAGGUGUGAAACAACUCCAGAGUUGGCACAAGAAGAUCCAGCUACAAGUGUGGUAAUCCAAGCGUCAACGCGUGAAGCUACGUCAUCUUUGAUCCUUCCAAAUGCAAAGUUUCGUCCCUGUUGAAGUGUCUUGUUCGUCCAGCCUAUCCCUCCUCUCAAAACAUCUCGUUGACUGUAUCUUAUCACUCUCGCCUAAGGUUAAGAAGAAAGAAUGGGAAUUUUAAUUUGAAAGGUAGAAGGCCCUCAACUUUUACUAACUCUUUCUUUUGAUGGGUAAGUAUCGGUUCCAAAAGAAGUUUGUCCUGCCUCGUUGAAGACUCUUGGUAUCCAGUUCUAUCCCCCGUGUUUUAAUUUUUAAUGUGUAGUUCUUGGUUAGUUUAUGUAAUGGUUUAGCUAUUGUAAAAAAAAAAGUGCCAAAAGUUAGAGUCAGAUUAUGUCUACAUUCCUGCUACCAUUCAUGGCAUCAUCAAACAGAACUAUGGUGUAUGUAAUCCUUACAUUUCAUUUGCAAGAAACUGGCGCUUCAGAAAUAUUUGUAAUUACAAAUCAUGAAUAUUCGUAUUUAUUUUUCAAA